GGGCGGGGCUGCAAUUGGCCCGCGAGAGCGGCCUUAGCAACGGCUGGGGAGCGGUGAGGCUGCGGUUGGUCUGCACGACCCGCGGUUGAGGACUGGGGCUCCCGGCUGAGGGCGCCGGUGGGCGACAUGGCAUCCAACUGCCGCACAAGUUCAGACCAAUGGAAGAAAAGGGCAGCAAAAGUCGAAUUGAAUGAAACCCAAAAACAAGAAAUUAAAGAGGCCUUUGAUUUAUUUGAUGUUGAUGGGUCUGGAACCAUAGAUGUGAAAGAACUGAAGGUUGCAAUGCGGGCCUUGGGAUUUGAACCAAAGAAAGAAGAAAUUAAAAAAUUGAUAGCUGAAAUCGACAAAGGAGGAACUGGCGCCAUUAGUUUUGAAGACUUUUUCGCCAUAAUGAGUGUAAAAAUGACUGAAAAGGAUGAAAAGGAAGAAAUACUGAAGGCUUUCAAAUUAUUCGAUGAUGACGAUACUGGAAGCAUAACAUUAAACAAUAUCAAGAGAGUUGCUAAGGAACUAGGGGAAAAUUUAACUGAUGAUGAGCUUCAGGAAAUGCUUGAUGAAGCUGAUCGUGAUGGAGAUGGAGAAAUAAAUGAGGAAGAAUUUUUGAGAAUGAUGCAAAAGACCAGUCUUUAUUAAUAUUGUGUUUCUGUUCCUGCUUAGAAUUAACAAAUUUGUGUUUGUUGUACAGUUCCAUAAGAUCUGAACAUUCAUUUUCAAUUUUCAGUUUAUAUGCACCAGUUGGUCUUCAUGUCUAAUUCAUGUGAGAAGUUAAAUGUUUCUACUAAUAUGUUGUUAAAUCUACAACAUCAAGAAAGAAAAUGUAAUGACUUCCUUGAACCAUGAAUCCAAGAACAGUAUUAAUUUCAACUGCUAUUUUUUGAGCCCGGAGUCCAAGGACUUAAGAGUUUCCUUUAAGUUUAAUGAAGUUGGCCCACGUGCAAAUGAAUUUGGCAAACAAGCCAUUACCUUCCCUAUUAUUUUCCUUUUGUACAACGCUUUAAAAACAGAUGAACAUUUGCUUUUUCUUCAGUUAUUCAGAUAAAUAAAGUAUUAAACAAAACUGGUAA